CAAUUUACAAUUGUAUUUCUGAAUUUAUUGAAUAUUUUUCAGCACAAGUAUAGUUUAGGGAAAUUUGGUGUGGCUGUGCCUUUCUUUGGAGUUUGUACCUACUCUCUUUGUCCUUGAUGGCACAGGAUAAAAGUAAGCCCUGCUGUUCAGGGAAAGUCCGUCCAUCUCAGCUGCCAAUUUAUGAUGACCCUGAUGAUUUAUAUGAUAUAUCCUAUGAAGUGUCUGGCAAAGGACAGCUACAAGAGGGAGUUGAGAUGGUCAGGAAAGAGUUGUCAGGAGCUGUCGAUGCCACUAAGGAGCUCAGAGACCAAGUUAAUCACAUUUAUCAAACUGGCAUAGCCCACACUGCUGCCACUGUGUUCACUCUAAUGGAAGAAUUCCCUUUGGAUCGGCAACUUGCAUACCUGAGGGAGGAUGAGAACAUUGUGCAGCGAUCUGGUGCCAUUGCUGCAGGGGGCGUGCUGGGGCUCUUGCUUGGGGCUCGUGGCCGCUUUUUCAGGAAGCUCAUAUACGCUUCUGGUGGUGCUGGAGGUACUGCCGGUAUUCUCUACCCUCAACACUCGAAGCAAUACAUGCAGGAGGCCUUCGACGCUGCCAACACAUACAGCACUGUUGCAUAUAACUUCUUUGUUGGAGUGAAGCCCCAGGCGUCGACCGCGUCGGACAAAAAAGAGGCCACCACUGCACCUGCUAACGCUUCCCUUGACGAUGAUAAAGUGGAGGAGGCGAGCAAGAAUGAGCGCAAGGCCGAUGCCACCGAGGACCACGGUCAGAGUAACCCUAGCGACGCCGAUAUGUACACCACCAGAUCCUGAGCUCCCAUGACAUCAUGUGCUCGGCACUUUUUUCCAUCAACUUGGACAGAAACGUAUACUUCGAGAUUCCCAGUGCUCACUUUAUAGCAGCAUUUGAUGACGGAACUUCAUCAUGUAUGGAUCACUUAAAACGCGAUGAUUUGAAGCCGUGCUUGGUUUUAGAAGCCUGAUCAUCAUCUUACAUGCCUAUUCCCGAAUUCUUUUUCUCGCAGGCAACGGAAUCUCUUGUAGCUUCGAGAUCACAGAAAAAGAAAAUUCCAGGUAAAAAUUCGUCAUUGCACCAUGUGACGUGGUUCUUUGAACAUGCAAUCCACGAUGCCGACUUUGAGCUGCUCAAUGCUCAUCUCCCAUAUCAGGCUGUAUCCUCUCCGACGAUUUGAACCCGACCUUAUUCACGAUAUCGUUUGUGGCCAGUCGGUCAUGAUCCGCUCCCUAUCCGACAAAAACACGUCCGCAAUUCAAACUUUCCUAAUUAUUAGAGCGGAUCUGAUUUGGAUGAUUAAUUUAUUGAUUAGAGUUUUAUGAAUGAUUAUGGUUACACUUCAUGAAGUGACUUAGUCGUUAAAUUCCAAAUAAAGGAUCCAUCCGAUAAUGCUUCUGUUAGUACUCAUACUGGUUAAUAAAUAAAUUGUUUACUGGCCAAACUGAAAUAUAGGUACAGUUUCGAGAUGUAAAUAAUGGCAACACUUCCCGCGUAAAGCUGGAGAGAUGAGUAAUUAUGCCGUCAAAAUAAGACUUUCGACUCUUGAAAAUAGCGUAAAUUGUUCCUUCGAAUAGAUUGAACGUGUGCAUCACCUCCAGAGAAUAGCCGAGAUGGUCUCGUUAACAAUGUUUACGACUGCAUGACACAAUUACGUGCCGUUUCACUUAUGAAGACGGGGAAGAAAUCCCGAAAUUUACCUGUUUAUAUUUCCCUCACAUGUAUCAAUAUUUGUUGGUGUAAAUCGUGCGUCCUACGUGUUACUAUGCGUCAUGACAACGGCGGUUACUAUGCGUCAUGACAACUAUAACACUAUUAUUUUAUGUAACGGUGCUUUCUGUUUUCUAGGUUGUGCCAAGAUGAAUUAUGUUUCACUCCGCUUAUCUUGAAAUGUAAAAAUUGCGGCUUUUAAUUACAGGGGUAUGUAUAUAAA